CUACAUGUAGAUCCCCCUUAAUCAUACGGUAGUUCGCAUGGUUCGCAUCUGAAUCUCCCAUCAUCGCGGUUGUCAUUCGGUGAAACCUCGAAAUGAUCGAACACUGACACAGCUAACGUGUUAUUGAACAAAUUUUAAAGACAUAUGUUGGAAUUACCAAAAUGGUUUUACUGGAAAAUGACGCGUUUUUAGUGGAGCUAACACGACUUUUCGACAAAUCUCGACUGUCUGGCUCAGUAGUGCUUACUAUUAAAAGGUUUAACGGACAUAACAAGCCAAUACCAAGGGAAGGUAAACCUCCCUUACCAGCACCAAGCGAAUUCUUGUGUUUAAUCAGAGCUACUUUGAGAACCAAAAAGAUUUCGACUAUCGUUCAUUCGAAGGAUGUGAAUAAGUUCCAGCAAGCUUAUUGGAACUUGUUGAAGUCGAACAUUAAUGGACUUAAGAAACUAAAAAAAGUGAAGUCUGCAAAGCCUAAGAUUCACUGACGUAUUGGUUGUUGAACAUAUUAUAUAUGUUAUUCUAUUGAAACUUUUGUAUAAUGUAAAGCACGUAUUUUCUCUAAUAAUGUGAUACUGCCUAAUGAAUAAAUUACAUUUUAUGUAAAAUAUGCGAAUGUA